AAGAAGACCGGCGCUGUAGCUCUGUGUGGAGCACCAUAGGAUUUGUGUAACAGCAGUGUUUCCCAGCGUACAGCGCUCACAUGCGGUGAAACCGAAGGUCACCUCAUCCCUCCACGUUGUUACCGGACUACAGAGCCGUUCUGUAACUACUUCAUAACACAAUGGACAGUUUUGAUAAUUUCAGUGCGUCGGAGAAAGCAGAGGCGACGGAGCUUCAGCGUAUGAUCGCUAUAGAGCAGCAGAAGGCGCAGUUCCAGGCCCAGGUGCACAACUUCACUGACAUCUGCUGGGACAAGUGCGUAGACAGUCCAGGCUCGAAGCUGGACUACCGGACGGAGACAUGCCUGGUGAGCUGUGUCGAGCGAUUCAUUGACACCACCCUGACCAUAACCAACCGCUUCACACAGAUGGUGCAGAAGGGUGCUCAUUAACAAUGGACUGUAGAUGCCAACAGGACUGUAUAAUGACAUAAGUAUUUGUAACGUAUGGAUGGAAGAUCAUGUGAGGAGGACAUGGGCUCCUGCUUUGGACUGGUGGUGCUCGAGGUGCCCAAAAUGACUUCAAAAUGAGAAACUCUGCUUGGUUGUAGCUGCAAAUGGCAGCAAGUGGUACCUGUUUUAAUUGAAAUAAGUCAUGCAAUGUGAGAGUAUUAAAUUGACACAGUACACUCA